AUGAAGUUUGUUAAGCUCAUCAAGAACGAUUUGGUCGAAAUUGAGAACGGAGGAGACUUGGAAAAUAUUGCUGAUAGGUACCUACACUGUCUUCGGUUCAUCAAACACAAUACAUUCCGCGCAUUUAUUUCGCGCGAAAGGUGUGUGCACACACUUUCUCAAAAUGGCCUAAAGAGAAUUAAUUGCAUGCAAGGUUCCUUUAGACUAAUGUUCAAGAAGAAGGGCUCUGAUGAUGUAGUAUUUGAAACAAACGCCAAGUAUAUAAUGUUAACGGGUGUGCGCGGGCAAUCUGAAACUAACCUCCCUCAAGUUUUCCUAACAGUGGAUCCCAGAGUGGAUAAAGGUGAUGAUGAAUCUGAGGUGUGGGACAACUUGGAAAUUGAGCUUGAGAGUACCGAUGAGGCUGAAUCGUUGAUGAACAAGAUAAAGGAGUUGAUGAAUCAGUACAAGGACGAUCUGGAGGGUGGCAGCGGUGACAGCAGCAGCUCUGAUAGAGAGGCUGGUACUGGGGACGAAUUUCUGAAUAGCCUUAUGGCCUAG